GCGGAGCUGUGGGAGAUGACGGAGGCGGUGGCGGGCGCGCUGCAGCGCGCGGAGCUGCGGCUCAUGGAGCGCGCGGAGCUGGGGGUGGGCGCCGAGGGCGUGGGCUCCAUGGCCGCCUCCAUGGCGGAGGCGGCCGGAGUCCGGGUACCCUCGGGCGGACCACGGGAGACCGAGAAAAGCAAGACAAAUUGGGACUUGGAGGUGGUGAUGGUGCUCACAGCCUCUGCAGUGGCAGCGAUGGCAGCGUUUGCCGCGAGGACCGCUGCACAAAGAAGGGUCAAAGAACAGUUGGCAGCAUCGGCGAAAGAGGACGAGCACCUCAUGCAUUUGCAGCUCGCCUGGCGUGCCGUGCUGCGACAGCACCCGGAAGCGGUGAUCGAGGCGAACUUUUUGGGUAUGCCCAUCAGCUACGAGAAGGUGAAGGAGCGGUGGCCCCGGCUGGUGGAGACACUCGGGAUUUCAGAGGAGGAGGCGCUGCGGAUUAUUCAGAUGGAUGCGACACCCUUGCUGGUGGAGUCUGAUUCCGUCUCAGAGGUGUUGGCCCGCCUCGCUGCCAUCAGCUCCAGAGACAAGGCCUUGGAGCUGGUGGGGCGCAGCCCGUCGUUGCUGGUCGGUGGGGCCAUGCACAAGGCAGACAAGAACAUGGCCGCGGCGUCCUUGAUAGACGUUCUCUACGCGGGACGUUUGUACAAGGUGCUUGAGGAAGAGGGACGGGACAAUGAAGGCAAGCUGGCCGAGAUUGAGCUGUACGCCGGCUUGCUCUCAGCUUUCCGGCCCUGCGUGGAUCUGGUGCUCUCAGGCCUCACCGCCCGCGACGCCACCGACGCCACGCGCCGGCUCUUUCGGACGCUUCAGGAGAGUGCGCCGAAUGAAUCGAUUCGCGUCCUACUGGGGCGAGUGGCAGACGCCGAUGAGCCUUGGUCCUACCUUGCCGAUCAAACCAGGGCAGGCUUCUCCAUCGGAGGGCGGCUGGCGCUACAGCCUGCGCUGACGCAGAAGAUCCUCCCGCACUCCCGGCCCAUUGUGAAUCACCUGCCCUCGAUUUACACUCGCCUCUCCAUCUUGGGUCCGCACGUGCCAAGCAUUGUGCGCAUCCUGGACCAGUACCUGGAUGUUGUGGAGCCGCACCUAGACAGGAUCAUGGAGCGGAUGGACAGGAUUGAGCCACACCUGCCGUACAUCCUGCUUCACUUGGAUGUGCUGGCCAAGCACUGUGGCCCCUUGCUUGACCACUUUGACCUGCUUCUGCCAUAUGCUGAGCUAGGCCGCGCUCGUCCCACCCCUGACCUGGAGCGAUGCUUUGAUGAGCCGCAGAUCGAGUCGGUGGAGGCGUGCGUCGUGGACAACCUGGUUGACGACUGGGAAGGUGCAGCAAAGGUGGAGGAGAAUUCCUACCUUCCCAAGCUGCUGCCCUAUGUCGACUUCCUGGUGCCGCACCUCGACGAGCUGGCGCCCCAUCUUCCCCUGGCGCACCCGCAUUUGCCAUAUGUCCUGCCCUACAUGGAUGACUUGUUGCCCUACAUCCAGUGCUUCACCCGUUUUCCGGAGGCAUCAAAGAAUGCCGAUGUCCUCGUUGGAUAUCUUGGUUGGCUCUUGAGAUUGCCUUUGAUUCCAAGGAUAUUGUACGUCCCGGGGGUGCCUCGCCUCGUGUGCUGGAUCAGCAAGCGGCUGCCGCGGCGAUUCGUCCGAGGCAGACUGGAGCGGGUCCGGAGGAGGCACGAGGCCGAGGAAGCGGCAGCUGGCGGCUGAUUUCCAACGCCCCUUUUGGAUGGACACGGCCAAAGCGGCGGAAUCCGGCCUUCCGAUUUCCGGCUGUGCGUUGCCGCGGUGUGCAAGGGCGCACCCCGGGCCAAUUUUUUGAAUGGUGGGCCUCUGCCCGCGGAAUCUGCCGGUGCUGUCUCUAACCCUUUGCUUGCGUGUUGCAGGCGAGGGAAGCCAACAGGCCGCCCCUCAGGCGGAAUUUUAGGAUGCAGGCACAAGGUCUAGCACCAAGAAGCACCAUGGCUGGCUACAUCCUUUAGGCGCCUUCUGUGUUUGGCCCUGAAUUUCUGCAGCGAGGCCUUGAUGUCAAAGCAGCCAGCCGUAGCCCCAAUUUGCCUAAGAACAAAUGUUCACGACCGCCCCAGAAGGCGUCGUUUUCCCCCGCGCUCCGCGCACUUCCUGCGAUGGUUUUGUAUGCGAGGCAGUUGUAGAAGCGGUGAACCUCAAGGGUCGAAAAAGCCUGGCUUCGGCGUCAGUAUUUCUUUGCCUUUUUGGGCAUGGUGUGAGGAACG